GCCAUCGCGUGCAAAUAUCUUAAAAUCCAAGUCUUACCCUAAUCUCUGUCUCUCUCUCAAACCUAGAUCAUGGCUGGGAUGUACGGUCAAGAGGGUGGCGAUGGCGCCCCUCCGCCAUAUGGAUCUAGCGGCAGUGGAGGCUACGGUGGCUCUGGAGGCUACGGAAGCGGUGGUGGAGGCUAUGGAGGUGGUGGUGGAAGUGGAGGAUAUGGAGGAGGUAGUGGUGGUGGUUAUGGAGGUAAAGGCGGCGAUGGAGGUGGUUACGGCAGUGGAGGCCGUGGUGGACGAGGUGGUGGAGGUUAUGGCGGCGGUGGUGGUCGAGGCGGAGGAUAUCAAGGAGGAGAUCGCGGUGGCCGAGGUGCCGACCGUGGUGGUGGUGGCAGAGGUGGCCGCGGUGGCAGCGGAAGAGAUGGUGAUUGGCUUUGCCCUAACCCAGGCUGUGGGAAUUUGAACUUUGCAAGAAGAGUUGAGUGUAACAAGUGUGGCACGCCCUCUCCUGCGGGUGGCGGUGGUGAUCGUGGCGGCGGCAGUGGUGGCAGUGGCGGUUAUAAUAGGGGAGGAAGUGGAGGAGGCUACGGUGGUAAUCGUGGUGGUAGAGGUGGUAAUUAUGAUGGGGGUCGAAGUAGUAACUAUGAAGGAGGAAAAAGUAGCAGUUAUGAUGGAGGUAGAGGGGGUAAUUUUGAUGGUAGAGGUGGAGGUGGUAGUAGAGGUGGUUCUUAUGGCAGUAACCAAGGAAGAGAUGAUGGUGGGUACGGUCAGGUUCCUCCACAUGCGCCGCCAUCCUAUGGUGCAGCUGGAGGCAAUUACCCACCAUCUUACAAUGCUAGUUAUGGAACAGAUGCAGUUCCUCCUCCUACAAGCUAUACUGGUGGGCCUACAUCAUAUCCCCCAUCCUAUGGUGGUCCUGCGGGUGGUUAUGGUGGUGAUGGUCUGGGUGAUGCAAGGAGUGGUGGCCGAGGUGGCCCUCCUGCUAAAUAUGAUGGUGGGUAUGGUGCCGGUGGUCGAGGUGGAUAUGGUGGUGCUGCUACGGAAGCCCCAGCUAAGGUGAAGCAAUGCGACCAGAAUUGUGGUGAAACUUGUGACAAUGCUAGAAUCUACAUAUCAAACUUGCCACCAGAUGUUACUGUUGACGAACUGCAGCAGCUUUUUGGAGGCAUUGGACAAGUGGGAAGAAUCAAGCAAAAACGUGGCUAUAAGGACCAAUGGCCAUACAAUAUCAAAAUAUACACAGAUGAAUCGGGAAAAAACAAAGGUGAUGCAUGUUUAGCAUAUGAAGAUCCGUCUGCUGCACAUUCAGCUGGUGGAUUUUACAAUGAUUACGAGUUAAGGGGCUAUAAGAUCAAUGUUGCGAUGGCAGAGAGGUCGGCACCUAGGGCUCCGCUUGACCAGGGUGGUGGUAGAGGUGGAUAUGGGGGCGGUGGGCGCAGGGAUAAUUAUAGAGAUGGUGGACCUGAUAGACAUCAACAUGGCGGAAACCGUGCACGGCCUUAUUGAGAGAAUUUCCCAAUCAAGCAGAAUUUAUGUAAUGAGAAUUGUUGUCUGAUGGUUUUUGUUGUAUUCCGUUGGAGGGUUCUUUAAACUGGAGACUAAGAGGUAGGUUGUUCACUAACCCUGAGCAAGGCCUCUCUCCUCCUGUAUUACUUUACCUACAACCUGGAGGGUUUUAAUUAUAGGCAUGGGAUUGAUUUAGUCGUGUGAAUGUUUUUUAGAGACAAGUGGAUAAUCUCCAAAUUGCUUGCUGCUAAGGUAGGUUGAUAUUUUCAGGUGAGUGCUGCUCUUUCAUAACCAUUAUUAACACUUUUUUGGAGAUUUGCCCAGCUUUGGAUCGCUGGGUUCUUGAUUGCAUCGGAUCAUUUAAUAUAUAUGGCUCAGAUGCAAGCAUAAAUAGAAGCAUGUGAAAUGCAUGGUCAUGAUUAUGAUGUAUACAUUCAUUUCUGACUGAAAAUUUGACACCUUUAUGAAUAAUGGCUGAGGUUGCUUAACUUGCCCUCUCUAGAGGGCCUAGAUAAACCAAAAUCUUUUCUUGCCCAUUAUUCUCAUGUGGCUAGGAUUUUAUAUUGUAAUGUACUUAUGUUUGAAUGUACCAAUCAUUAAAUUGGUGGCAUGCUAUAUUAGGUGAUGUGUAAUGUAAUACACUUAACCUUUAGGUCCAGGUACAGGACUGGUUUAAAUUGCUAGCUUGUUACUCCGUAUAAGUUUGCAAUUCUGUCAGCUAUCUAAGCAUUUAGUGAUUGAACUGAAGUCAUUGGAGUAUAGUAGUGGAAGAUAUUAGUAACAUUAUAUCGAUGUUUGAAAAACUGUCCACAUUGAAUAGGAUCUGCUAUUUUGAUUUGACAUUUUGAUCAUGUGGCGCGGAGGCUCACCCCUGGUGAUAAUUUUACUUGACCGCAUCAGUAAUUAGUGUUUAAGAUCUAGUAUUGUUUUGCUACAUUGUCUUGAUGCUCAAAGUUUGGGGUACCGGUUUCCUUUAUUGAUCUUCUACUUGCUGGGUUGGGCUAGCCUCUCUGGUGACUGCAAAGUACUUGUGGA